GUUCCUCCUCAUCGCAACGCACCUGAUCCGUGUUCCUCGGCUUCUCGAUGGAAGCGGUCCUGAUGGAAGCGAGUACUUCUGGUUGCGUAGACUGGGGCAAAGGAGAACUCGGACAAGACCCCGCCGAUGGCGUUCACCACGCAGAUGUCGAGGGAGCACCAGCUGUGGAGCUUGCUGGACCUCAGUGACCAGGUCAAGGCCCGCGACACGCAUGGCCAGAAACAGUUUGCCAAGGCUCUGCGGUCACUAUCGCACCAUCCCGUCGACGUGGUCGACGACAUGUAUCAUGCAGCGGAACAAAAGGGUUUCCUUCUAGUACAGGCCAACACGACGCGGCUCGACACGUCGCUCGUGUACCAGCGCGAGCUGUACGGGAUCAAGCUGUACGAGAAAAUGUCGAACAGCGACUCCACGAGCGGUACACUGGUCGUGCAGGGCGUAAGCGCCGUCGCAGGCACGGUGCCGUCGAUCCUCAACACGUUCAACAUGCGCCACUCGAAAGCAUUCACGUCAACCAUGCAAACGCUUCUCCCAUCGAUCGUGUGCCAAGGAGCCACGGUCGCGUCCGACAACGACGCAACGCAUGUGCAUUGGAUGUCUGUCGUGGGCCUGAACGACGACCACCGACUGAGUGACGUCUUGUUCAUGUCCGCGUCGCAGCUGUACGAAUCGUCCCCGGCAACGUGCGACGACCUGUCGCUGGUUGCAACGAAGGCCACCGACAACGUCGCGUACGGGACGCACAUUUGGGAGUCAAUCACGCUGUCGUCUCCAGCGCUGCAGCACUUGGCUCUCUUUGGCCCGGCCGACACAAAAUGCGUUCGCUUGCAUGUGGUCAAUUCAGGUUUCUUCAUCGAGCCCGGCGAUGUUGACGACGUUUGCCGCGUUACGUUUUCGUUUUCAUGUCAUUUGACCGGCGCGGACACCGCACACCACCCAAGACUGCGGCAAUGGAUGGAAGGGGUGGUCGUGACGGGGCUGCAGCAGCUCGCCGCGACGUGCCGGUCCUCGCACCUGCAGCUCGUCCCUCGGCAAAAGUGGGCCGAAUCCAAUUCGUGUCACCUGUGCACGACAUCGUUUCGGUUCAACGUGCUGAGGCGGCGCCACCAUUGCCGUCUGUGCGGUCAGUCCAUCUGUAGCGCCUGUUCGACCUUUGUCACGCUCGAGACGGUGGUCGACCCGUCGUUGGGGCAUCGCAGCCUGUCGGCGAAACUGACCCAAGCGGACUCGGUGCGCAGCUGCUUGCUGUGUGCGUUUGCAGAAAAGUCGACCAAGGUGCCGCCCAAGACGCCGUCGUCUCCAUCGUCUUCCUCGGGCACGCGAACGCCCGCCGUCUCGAUCGCGUCAACCACCGGUUUGUCCUCGAUGACCCAAGACGUUUCCUCCAAGGCGAGCAGAAUGAGUACGACGAGCCAGCAUUCGCAGCGCGUGCCGUCCGCUUCCAGAGCAUCGCUGGCGCUGACGGCCACAACCACCGGGAGCAGUUUUCGGGAUAGUUUUCCCACUCGGACGUCGUCAACGCACGAUAGCUUCCCGUCGUCGCCGGUGCGUCAUGGCAAUUGGAUGCGCGCGUCAUUGGGUAAAUUCGUGUUGGAUCCGGCUGACAUGGCUGCGAGAGCGGCUCUCGUCCAUCGAAACGACCGUGCCAACGUGAACGAGCUGUCGACAGCAGUGCCGUCGGGUGUGCAGUCGUCCCCGACGAUGCACUCGCACGAUUCGAGCGUCGAAUGGACUCGAUCGAGUCUGUCGACGACUACUGGCAAGUCUCGGCAUCGACGGCGAUCGUUGCAAACCGCCAUGCCCGAUCAUGACGCGGCAGAGGGUCGGAGACGUGCCGCCGUUGGAGACUCGUUGACCAUGUCGUGUUAUGGAGACGUGCGCAUGUCGGAGCGGCACGCCCGCCGCGCGGCCAUGCUUGAACGGUCCAAUUCAUAUUUGGAAAUGGCCAUGCUCAAGGCGACGACGCCGACGCGGGGGUGGAUGCCUUCCGAGAAGGUCAACCGACCGCCGGCCGACUCGCUUCUCUUGCAGGAGUUUGGCAUCACCGAGUUAGUGUCGGGCCCAUCACUCAAGGUACCAUUCGACCCGCACCGCGACCAGGAACAGCGCGCGACUGCCGCUCCUGUGGCGUGAUACAAGAGUUAACAAGCGCGCACUGGACCGUCCAUCGGACGGCUCACGUGUGCGGCAAACAUAGUGGACGUGUCGUUAAGUGGAAUGUGCAUUGCAACGUGGAAUGGCAUGGUCGUCGCUUGGGUGGCCGCGCUGCUGCGACGGAUCGAAACACUCUCGCCCGUUGGCCGCAGGCCGCCGAGCGAGUAGUCGUCUGCCCAGCACGUACCUGUUGAACGCUGUACGUCAUGUCAAGACGGCGAAUGGCGUCGUCGGCGCUCAAGUACCACGCCUUUCGCGCCCGGAGCAGAGCCGCGACGUCGACGUAGCUCAUGCCGAUAUUGGCGCGGAGAACCACUUGACACUACGUCGAGUAAAAACGAGAUGAACAGACCCGAGACGAGGGCAACUUACGUGGUCGAGCCAUUCGUCGUCCGAGUCGAACGAGUCCCUACUCACGAGCGCGCCGACCUGGUCAGCCAUGUUGCCCAGGUAUUAAUUGCAACCUUACCGGCAAUGGCCGAUCUCGCGCUCCACGGCGGCGAGCUCAUGCUGCAAGAAUGCCCACAUCUACCAAAACGAUUCACCCCGCGGCGGCCAGACGACGCCCCGUCGAUGGCGAUGCACACCUGCUCCAACGAGUACGCGUUGAACCAGUUGUGGUUGACCGAGAGGGUGUCGCGGUCGAGAUUCUGGACUUGGUGAUACCAUCCACUCGGCACGAACAACGCUUCGCCGACGCCCUACACCGCACACGGAUCCUUCCAGACAAACGCAUGUCGUUGUGGUCGGCGGCCAAAUGCCACAGCCGGACCGACAUGUUGUACCUGCACGACGCGGACGUGGUGGGCAGUUGCGAGGUGAGGAAACUGCGUCGCGUCGAACUCGGUUGCGUUGGUGGCGGUGCAUCGGCCGCUUCGAUCCCACAGCUUCCACGUCUACCCCACGUCGAUGAGUCUGUGCAUGACAACAGGUCGUCGCACUUCGGUGGGUGGAAAGAGCAGCCAUUCCUUUCUACCGCAAAUAUUGAUGGACCAACUAUACGACAGCAAGACGUCGUGGUGCAGCGGCGUCGUCGAGCCCGCGGGGCCUACUCAGCACCACGACAGGUGAACGAUGGAGACACUGCCACGUCAUCACAACCCGACAGCAAUCGUACCCAAGUACACAAACCGAUAGUCGUCGCGAGUCGGCGUGGUGGGCUGGUCCCACCACCUAUGAACGAACGCACCAAGGUCAAGUCAGGGCAGCCAAGGAAGAACGUUCUGAACCAGUUGAGCCAGUCGUCCUGAAAGAAAAUUGGAGUCCUACAUGCGGGAAUGAAUUGGCAAGAGUAAUGCCAUGGAGUGCGAUCGACGUACGUGUAGGCGGCGGUCUCUGGAAAAUCCCGCGUAAAAUGCCAAUCUUUCAUGUAUUGCUG